GAGCACUAAUGUCAGCAUCACUAUGUUUCUCUACUAUUACUAGCUGGUUUGUCAGCCUUUCGUUGCAGUUACCCACCAUCAUCUAUUUCAUCGGCUGCUCUAUUUGCUCUAGCAAAUUACUCUGUAUGUCAACCUAGUCAGAACUCUAUACCCCAAUCUCAAUCCAGACGACGAGCUAAAUCCAGCUGUUCCAAGUUGUCUGUCACUUUCCGAACUGAAUGGGGUCGUUAUGUUCCAAGCCUGGAACGCACUCCGGGGAGCACGUUCAACUUCACGAUGGGCACCCUCCCACAGGGAACGGGACGAGACACACCGUCGGUGCUUCCGGUGGUGAGCGGCCAGACCCUCGUGCUGCAGCUGCCCAGGCUGCGGAAGAGCGAUUGAAAGCGGCUCAGGCUCGAGGAACGAACCCUGCAAAUCCAAAAAAAGGUCGCCUUGCGGCACAACUGGAAGCAUCGAAAUCCGCUCCCCGAGUACCGGAACCACCGCAACCAGAACGACUCGUGUGGGACUAGAUAUCACUCGUGCUUCUUUUACGAUAUUCCGUGCCAAACGUUUGCGGAACAUAUCAUCGGGCUCCGAUACACCGUAUAAUACAGGUCCUAGGCCCCUUCAUUCUUGGAUGUUAUUUGCAUAGCGUGAUUAUUUAUUGGGUAUUAUUGAUGGAAGAGUGCGAACAGGCAAGCCAUGAUGUUCUUCUGUUGCUUUCGGGCAUCCGCCAUAGUGAGGUUCACCGAUUUCCGAAAGCCUCACCAUCGGCGGAUUUACUCGCAGGUCGAUUCCAUCUUGCACAUCUUUGAUGCAUCGUAGUGUGUGCUGCUUCCCCACACACUGCCUGACAGCUUCUUGGGAACUAUGUAAAUGUACCCCAAUCCCAUGUAUCGCGGCUUAGUGCUUCUUGACCCAUAACGGCAUUCAAUUCGUCACAUAUGUAGAUGGUUCCUUUCUGCCCCUCGUAGUUAAGGUUUUGGGAACGUUGUAACCCCGUUCAAUGGAGAGAACUUCACUGUCCCGCCUAUUGCAAUUGAGAGGCCGUCGUAACU